AUGACCGAUACUGAAUCUUCGGAAACCCUCAUUUCUCCAAGGGAAGCAGGAGGUUUGGAGGAUGCAAAACAUGACAUAGACAUUGAACAAGCAAAGAUUGAAGAAGCCAAGGCUGCUUUGUCUGCCACAGAUAUAGCAAAUUUAGAGCACAACCGAAAGCAUCUUAUACCGAUAAUGAUUGGGUUGGGAUUUGUGAUUUUUUUAUCGGCUUUGGAUUCGACGAUCGUAACUACUUGCCUCCCCGUAAUUGCCUCGGAUUUAGGCGAUUUGAGCAAAGUGGCAUGGGUCGGUACUUCCUUCCAGCUGACAUCUACGGCAACGAUGCCAAUUGUGUCUAAACUGAGUGACUUCUUUGGACGACGAAACAUGCUGUUCGCUUCCAUUGCCAUCUUCUUGGUUGGGUCUGCAUUGUGUGGAGCGUCUGUGAAUAUGAUCAUGUUGAUCUUCUUCCGAGCUAUUCAAGGCAUUGGGGCUGGAGGUCUUAUGACUCUAACCUUCAUCAUAAUAUCGGAGAUAGUUUCGUUACGGGAAAGGGGCAAGUAUCAAGGAAUACUGUCAGCUUGUCUGGCCAUUUCAUUAUUGCUUGGGCCUGCCGCUGGAGGCCUAUUCACUGACGAUCUCAGCUGGAGAUGGGGCUUUUACAUCAAUCUCGUUGUGGGAGUCAUUCCAAUCGGAUUAUUGACCGUGUAUUUGAGACUCCCUGCUCCAAAAGGAGCGUCAGCCGAAAAGCUGAAGAGGAUUGACUACUUGGGUUCCGCCGUACUCAUCAUUGCCUGUAUCUUCUUCCUAUUGGCUUUAGCUUGGGGCGGCCAUGAAUAUUCAUGGGACUCUGGAGUCAUUAUCGGAUGCUUUGUAGGUGGUGUGGUCUUCACUGCGGUCUUUAUCUACAUUGAGGGCAGAGUUGCCAUCGAUCCUAUAAUGCCUCUCCACUUGUUCAAGAAUUCCAAUUACUCGUUCAACGCUAUAUGUGGUUUCGCCUUUGGAUUUGUGUUCUAUGGAUUUCAAUUCUGCUUCCCAGAGUACUUUCAAGUGGGAAGGAGCACAUCAGCCACCACUUCCGGAAUCAUGGGUUUUGCAAUGGUGAUACCGUUCAUACUUUCAUCAACGAUAUCAGGUAUCCUCAUUACAAAGUAUGGCAGAUACGUAGAGUUCUCGAAAGUGGGCGCAUGUUUAAGCGUAGUCGGUCUCGUCCUCAUCAGUCGCUGGAACUUGGAAACCUCGUUUGGAGAGCAAGUCGGAUCCUUCGUCGUUUUCGGACUUGGUGCAGGGUGCACUAUGACACCUCAAUCGCUUGUCGCGCAGAUGAAUGCAGAACCAAAGGAAAUUGCAGUUGCGACGUCGACGCAGAACUUUAUACGGACAGUCGGAGGCGUUCUUGGAAUUGCGGUUGUAAAUACGGCCUUAAACACAGCCUGGCAAGCCCGCUUAGCAGAGCUCAUAACACAGAAUGGACUAACCGCGUUCUCUGGAUCCUUAUUUAUUAACGGCAAUUUCAAUCUGUUUGCCAUCAACAUGUUACCGGCCGACCAAAAGGCAAUCGUGAUAUCAGCCUUCUUUUAUGGAUUCCAGAUUUGCAUGUGGGUCGCUGCAGGAAUGACAGCCGUAGCUGAAUUCUCUGCCAUGUUCUUAACUCAUGUCCCAUUACGGACAACUGUGGGUGUACAUAAGACUGAGGUUGGGGGCAAGAAAGGAGCAGAGUUAGAAGCCACAGAGCCUGUUCUCAAAGAUGUUACCGCCCUCGAUUAA